UUGUGGGUGUAGCAUAAGGUGUCCUGUCAGAAAAAGAGAGAAAGAAAGAGAGAGAUAUAUAUAUUUUCUUCCCGUCUUGUGUCUGUGUGUUUAUCUCGGCUGAAGCCUUCACCCCCUCCUCAGUCCUCAGGCUGGGCCAGAACCACCGCCACGCUGGAGAUCUCCAGACUGACCUCAUCAACCUGAAAACACUCGGCUCUCAUUAGCAUUUCAGGUGACGUUUGCAUCAGGACCACUUUCUGCUUGUUCACCAGCCAGGUGGAGAACUUCCUCGUACUCGGUCAGUCGAGACGCCGACGAUGCACUGACUAAAUCGCGCCAUGGCUCGAGAGGCUCUGUGGAAACACCCACAAUCCCUGGCUCUCUGAUUUUCAGCACCAACAUCCACUGAUUAACAACAAAGCCCUUCCAAGCCAUGAUGUCAGUCUGCGUGCCCUCCCCGCAUAGCUCCUCCCCUUCCAUGGAUGCGGCCAACUGCAACGGACCUACAGUGACUCCACCCACCUCCCUCAGCCUACGCUCCUCCCACAACCAACUGCUUAGUGGUGACGUGGUCAAUCAGGGCCAGGCCACACCCCCAAAGUGUCGCAAGAAGUACGCACUAACGAGCAUGCAGAGCGCCAUGGGGCUCGGCGACGGCGCUGCACCACCUCCUUCAUCGUCCUCCAUCACGGCUAAUGCUACCAAUAUAAAGCUAGCGAAGAAUGGCGCAAACCAGCUACGCCGAGUGGCCGAGCUGCAAGACCAAAACAAAAACACGACAGACGAAGGCGACACCGGAAACAUCACACCAGACUCGGACCAUGAGUUGGAAUUAAGCCUCGACAGCCAAACGGAGCUGGAUGACUUUGACGAGCCAGCUAACAAGGACAGGGGUGAUUUUCUUAACGACGAGGCCAUCAACGAGGGGCACGCCGAGGACUCGAACACGAAUCCCUUCGAGGAGGAUUCCGAAGAGCUGCUCAUCCUGUCCGAGAAAACAGAAGUCAUCAGGAAGUCCCCGCCGCUCCAGAAAGACAAGUUCUUCCUGGAGUCGCACGCUGAUGACCUUUCACUAGACGAGGACAGGACGCAGGAUUAUGGCGUCAUGGUCCCGCUGCUGAAAGAGAAAGAGCUCAGCUCUCCGUUAUUACGGAAACCGCGCAGCCCAGAGGACACGCCCCUUCUGUCUGUCGGCUCCUCGUCCACCUCGUCUUCCCCGGAGACGAAAAAGGACAGGCCCCGGACCGGCGCGAAGACAGAUCGCGCACUUCAUCGCAUCCAGAACCUUCCACCUAGUGACGAGGAGUCCAGCUGGACCACGCUGUCUCAGGACAGCACCUCACUGGGCUCGCCAGAGGACACGGAUAUAUGGGGAGAGCGUUCAUUCCAGACGGACCCAGACUUGCCCCCAGGAUGGAAGAUGAUGACCGACAUGGCUGGCAUUUAUUACUGGCACAUUCCCACCGGUACCACACAGUGGGAGAGACCUGGACCGUGCCAUCCUGCACCAACCGUCCCUCAGCAGGACACACGCAAACACUCGCUGGGCUCGAUUUCUCCUUCACCCACUCCUGACCAAGAGGCUUCUCAUGCGGACGUGUUUUUCAGAGCGUCCUGUCACUCAGACAGCACCACAUCAGACAGCUCCACUGGCCCUAUCCCACUCGCACCCUCCUCAACGUGUCUUGACCCUGCCCCUCUCCUCUCCUCAAACUCCUCCUCUUCCUCUGAUGCGAAUGUUCCUUCCUGUGGGUUUGUCAACAGCUGCUACUUCCCUCGAUCCUCAUCGCUGCAGAUCAUGCCAGAGAAAGACCGACACACUGAGACCCAACAUCGACUGGAGGGAAAGAAACAGCCCUGGAGUGAUUUUGCAGUGGGAAAGAUUGAUAGUGAGAUCUGGAAGGAUCUGCAGGCUGCUACAGUGAACCCUGACCCCAGUCUGAAGGAGUUUGAAGGAGCCACUCUCCGCUAUGCUUCUCUCAAGCUUCGAAACCCAGCUCCUGUGGAGGAAGAAGAUUCCAGCAGCAUUAACAGUGACCCUGAAGCCAAGUGUUUUGCAGUGCGCUCUCUGGGCUGGGUCGAAAUGGCCGAAGAGGAUUUGGCUCCCGGUAAAAGCAGCGUAGCCGUUAACAACUGCAUCCGACAGCUUUCCUACUGCAAGAACGACAUCAGAGACACAGUUGGCAUAUGGGGAGAGGGGAAAGAUAUGUAUCUGAUCUUGGAGAAUAACAUGCUGAACCUGGUCGACCCGAUGGACCGCAGCGUCCUUCACUCUCAGCCAAUUGCAAGCAUCCGUGUGUGGGGAGUGGGGCGGGACAACGGCAGGGAUUUUGCCUACGUAGCACGUGAUAAAGACACCCGGAUAUUAAAAUGUCAUGUUUUCCGCUGUGACACGCCUGCCAAAGCCAUCGCCACCAGCCUGCAUGAAAUCUGCUCCCGGAUCAUGGCGGAGCGUAAGAAUGCCAAAGCUAUGGCCGGAGGAUCUCUGCAGGACAGGAGCCACACAGGACUCGACGUACCGCUGCAGGCAGAGUUCCCCACACCAAAGACUGAACUGGUACAGAAGUUUCAGGUCUUAUACAUUGGCAUGAUGCCAGUAGCCAGACCCAUAGGCAUGGACAUUCUCAAUGGCGCAGUGGACAGCCUGAUGACAUCAUCAGACCGAGACAGCUGGAUCCCAGUGAUGCUGAAUGUAGCAGACGCAACUGUCACCGUCAUGAAAGAGAAGGAAGAAGAGGAAGUCCUAGUGGAGUGCCGCGUGCGUUUCUUGUCGUUCAUGGGCGUGGGGAGAGACGUGCACUCGUUCGCCUUCAUCAUGGACACGGGCAACCAGCACUUUGAGUGCCAUGUGUUCUGGUGUGAGCCCAAUGCAGGCAGUGUGUCUGAGGCUGUCCAGGCUGCAUGCAUGUUACGGUACCAGAAGUGUUUGGUGGCACGCCCGCCGUCGCAGAAGUCUUGCCCACAGGCCCCGCCUUCUGACUCUGUGACACGCCGCGUCUCCACCAGCGUCAAGCGCGGCGUCCUGUCCCUCAUCGACACGCUCAAACAGAAGAGACCCGUCACGGAGCUGCCACAAUAAUCUCACACACUCGAAACACAUCGAUUCAGCAUGCGUACGCCCAUUCCCAUUACCGCGGCAUCGGAAAACACACUCUUCUAUAAACGGACACACAAUAGUCAUGCUUCACCUCUCGCACACCAUGGCUCCGCCUUCUCUAUGUCAAUCAUGUGUUAUGUGCUUAUCUGCAUGGGGUGACUUCACCUCCGUUGCAUGAUACAAGACGCCGCGCACAUUUUAGGAGAAGGCUAGAGCGUCCUCGGGUCUGAUAGUUGAUAAAGAUCAAAGUGUGUGUGUGUGUGUGCGCAUGAAAAGCUAGACAGAUCAAACACUUAACCUCACUAGAGCUUUCUCUGUACAAUCCCAGCUGGCUGUAAGGUGUGUGUGUGUGUGUGUGUGUGUGUGUGUGAGAAAGCUGGAUGUGUGCACAUUGCUGCUGCUUCAUCAGAACUAUAGCAUCUUUCAAUGCUCUCAUUCACAAAGCAUGCAGUUUAUUUCCUACUUCCUGUCUCAGUCUUCAUCAGUGACGAGCUGGACAGAGAGGACAGAUUAUAGCUACUUGCUGGACAGAAACCCAAAAAAAAAAAACAACUAGAAAGACUAGGCUGUGAUGCUAAGUGUUGCUGUGUAAAUACAGAUCAAAGCUUUUCACCAAAAAGACUGGGUCUGAAAGAGAGAGGCUGAUUUUGUAACUCGGUGUGGGACUGCGGCUGAAAAUCUGAAGACGAAAAAAAAAAGCCAGGAUCGAACUCUUUGAUGCCAGGAAGGUGAUGUCCUGUGGAGUCGCUUAUUUUAUAUUGCCUCAGUGAAGAUGCCUUUUUAUUUUUGUUUCCUUUUAAAGCUCGUUUAUGACUUGGACGCUGACGUGAUGACAUCAUGCCGGAGAAACAACAAAACCAUACACGCGCAUAAGGACGGCCCGAUGUCAGGAGUUUCGGCGUCCGAGCAGUGCUUCCAGGUGAAAGGGCGCGAAAUAAGAGACGCUCGUCGUUCAGUGUUACACCCUGACUAUCUUGGACGCCAUUUUCAGUAUCUAAAUCAGCGUUUAAGGGAAACCUCCACCCUGAACGAGCUCAGUAUCAAUAUUCAUAAUUAAAACUCGAUCUUUAAAUGUCAUUCGCCAGCACGUUUCACUUCUGUGAACAUCACAAUUCCGUUCGACUACCUGCUAAUAGCGGCGCAGUAAGAUUUGGUCUGUGUAAAAAAAAAAAAAAAGAGCGAUGCGGCGGCGCUUUAGUCUGUCCAGCUCUCCCAAAUGUUUCGAUUUAAACCUUUUUCAGGGUGGAUUUUUUCCUUUAAUACCUGACAUCAGCUUCUCUGUGAUCUUGCUGCACUCUGGAGUUCGUAGUCCUUCCUGCCGUGUCAGCUGUAGACCUAAUCUCAUCACAGUGUCCGGUCUUGAGAGGUCACUUAUAUGUGUGUGUGUCGUAUCUAUAUAACACUUUGCAAAUGCAUAUCACAUCAUAAGCUAUAUUUUAUUUUAUUAUUGUUAUUAUUAUUUUCACUUUUGAGAUUCCUUGAGUAUUUUUUAUAUUAUUUGCCUCUCGUGAGCACAUUCUGGCCAAACUGUAAAGGAAAAAAAAAAAAAAACCAAACUGAUUGUAUGUGUUGUAGAUAAACCAACGGACAGAGAAAGGGCGAGCGAGCGAAAGAAAAUUUAUUUUAUGGUCUUUUAGAGACACUAGCUGUAUGAGACGGGGUUGUGAGCCGUAAGUGUCUAAUCUAUGCAUUCUUUUAGCUCUGAGGACGAUUUGAGGAAAACAAAACGAAUAAAACGGUCACCUUGCCUUGCAUGUCCUGGGACAAUUUCAGAAGAAGAAAUGGACGUUGGACUGAAUAGAAAAGAUAUUUUUUAUUUUAUUUAUUGUAUUUUAUAACACAUGUAACGGUUUCAUUGUAAUCUAUUCUAUGCUCGGACAUUCUCUUCACCAUGGCUCGCGCCAAACAAAUCGCUCCAUGAUCAGAAAUAAGGAAGAAAAGAAGAAACCGUGAAAUUCACAAUCUUGCACAGUCGCUGGGUUUUUUUUUUGUUUGUUUUUUUAAUGCUUUAUCUUAAGGGGUGUUCACACGGCACAUAUUUGCAUCGAUGCUGCACCGAUAUAUUUUGUUGCGAUAUAUCUUACACCGGAGUAAAUUUUGUGGAGCGUUCACACGUCACAAACCUGCUUACUAGAGAGAAGCGUGUUCGCACCGGUGCAGCCCCACUUGCGUUCACACGGCAGUUUUUGCGACUGUGCUGUACGAUAGUAAUAAUGCGAAAAUGAAAUAUGCACAUGCGUGAAAAUGUACUUCCUUUUCCCGGUUGUCAUGGCAUCACCAAGCGCCGGUAAAACAACGUGGAUGAAGACACCAGUGUUGCCAGAUACUGCUGACGUUUUCCAGUUCAAAUCCGCUAAAAUGCACUUAAAACUGCCCAAUCUGGCAACACUGGAAGACACGCAGUUCUGUUGUUGUUGUUGAUAUUCGCCAUUUUGGAAGCGCAAAAUACCAGGAUGCAAAUUAUGCAAUGCCCGUAUGUAAUCAACUCUCCUCACGCGUAGCGAUCUACCCCUGUAGCGUUCAGACGUCCCAUUUUAUAUCGGUGCUGCCCCGCAAACUAGCAUUUACUCCGGAGUAAAUUUCUUAAACCACCUCCCGAGCAGGGUUAGAUUUGCACCGGUUUAAGCAGUUUUCAGGGGCUACACCGGUAUAACUUUGUACCGUGUGAUUGCUCUACCGGGGCAGCUCCGGUGCUACACCGGAGUAAAAGUUGCCGUGUGAACACCCCUUUAAUUGCAAACCUGGAACAUAUUGGAGAGGGAACCAUCAUCAGAUAUUAGUGAAGUGGCUUCAAAAACCCUUUAUCUUACCUUUUGAUUCUUUUUCUUCCCCUCCGUAAUUUGAGUCAUACAUUUGUACCAUUGAUCUGAUCUGAUCUUAUCUGAGCUUUCAUUCAGUUCAAGAUGUUUAACUCUUUAUGCUCUUCUGCACUUCUCUUAUUUAAACACCACCACUUUUUUAAUGCAUAUAUAAAGGAUGCACAAUUUCCCCUGUCUUCAUUUUAAUCUGUUUCAGUGUUCUCAACGAGCCAUGUUCCAAUCUCUGACCGUGCACUUAGUGAAAGCACGGAGACUGGCAGAGGAGUGUGUACGGUAGAUUCACAGGAUUUAGUCCAUCAUGCGAUUCAGUAGAGAUAUGAAUUCCUGGUCACUCUCACACACACACACACACAGACAGUUGCAUUCUUGUGGAAACAAUGGCUUCUCCUCCUCAACACUACUUUGUACCCCAUAAUAAAUGUAAUCUGUUGUGAGAAUAAACGGCAUAUCAAAAAUA